UUUAUUUCUCUCUCUCCUUAGCUGGGGUCGUUGGCCUGAAAUUCUCGAGCUAGGCCAAUUUAAACGUGGUUGGCGCGAAAUGGACGUUGCAGACUGCGCCCGAAUAAUUUUACUCUAUUGCCUACAAGUUUAUAAGGGUGAUGAGAAAAUCAAGAAUUUCAUUUGGGAUCUGAUAACACCGACUGAAGAUGGUGAAGUACAGAAGAUCAGCAGGGAUCAUAGUGGCCUACAUAAUUUGGUGCCACGAGGUAGGAAUGCAAAAGGUAUGGUAAAAAGAUACAAACACGUAUUCUUAACUGCACGGACGUAGUUAAUGCGCGCACGAACGCUCGAAUCAUUAUAAAUUUAGCAAAAACAAAAACAUGUGCUUAUAUAUCUGCACACACGCUGAAGUGGACUUCGCCUAAAUUUUUCUAACAGUUGGAAAAGCAAUAUUUGUUUUUGAUGCAAAGGAAAACGAUGUUUACAUUCUAAUCUAUUUUACUGAAGAAGCACAAUGAUUGAUAACAUACUGCAUGUUUCCUUCGCAAUUUUAGUAGUGAUUGGCGAAAACGACCGAUUCAACGAAUGCACCCAGCAAUGCAACAUUUUCGCGUUUAACGACAAUGUAAAUUGACUGUAUGUGUAUGCUAUUUACUAACGUCGGUAAUUUUACCCUAGGACUCGAGUUACUUAAACUGUUCGAUAUAAAUGAAAGAUGUUCGUGGCUGGUUUCCUUACUUUCUAUUAUGUAAUUGUAGAUUAUUGUUAUCUAAAUACUACCGUAUGUUUACAUACAUAUAGUCGUUUAAAGUACAAAACCGCGUAUCAAGAAAAUGCAAAACCUCGUAUGUGAGGUUGCCAAAAUUUUAUAGGAGAGAGUGAAACUUGUCUUAUUUCAAAACAGUUCUCUCUUUUAUGCCCUUUUAUAUCUUCCGCUUAUGUCUAAGUAUCGAUAUUUUAGUAUGAAUGGAUAAGGGCUUGAUACCAGGAGCUUCCGGUGAGCAAAUAUCGUUUUAGGCACAGAUGACAAGUUACGACGUUUUGCAGAACCACGAUACGCGGUUUUGUACUUUAAUCAACGAUAUGUGUAUGGUUUUAGUGUAUAAGUAGAUUGUAUCCGUAUAUGUAAUACUUCUAUAUUGGCAGUAAGAGCUGGUACCGUCCGAAAACAUUACAGUAGAGAUAUAUCAAUAAAC